GAAAAGAAGGCAAAGAACAAGAAGCCAGAUCAUCUUUGUCCGUUGGUCAGGGCAAGGAGCCAAGGAGGCUGUCUAAUCAACGAACCUUAAUUGAAUCGAGAGGAGACGAGUAACAGAGUCGAUCCAAUUGAGCAUUGUUUGGCGAUCGACUUUGGGUUGGGAGUUGUGAGUUUUUUACUUUUGGGGUUUGGAUCGAGAAGAAGAUGAACGGAUGGGAUAGGGUUAGGUCGUCUAGCUCGAGAUUGGGCCAAUCAUCGAACGGUCACCAGCGCAUGCCAUCACGUACAGUUACAUUGGGCCGAGUCCAGCCGCAGGCACCUGGUAACCGAAAUAUACACUGUAAUGACCGGGAAGCAAAUCAACCUUUCCGAUUCAAGGGGAAUUCUAUAGCAACUACUAAGUACAAUGUUUUGACCUUUCUACCAAAAGGAUUGUUUGAACAGUUCAGGCGGGUGGCUAAUUGCUACUUUCUCAUGAUCUCUAUUUUGUCAACGACACCAAUGAGUCCUGUGAAUCCUGUGACGAAUGUCGUUCCUUUGAGUCUGGUGCUUUUGGUCUCACUGAUUAAAGAGGCAUGGGAGGACUGGAAGCGUUUCCAGAAUGAUAUGGCAAUAAAUAAUUCUCUUAUAGAUGUACUGCAAGAUCAGAGGUGGGUGCCUACUCCUUGGAAAAAGCUGCAGGUUGGAGAUAUUGUCAGGGUUAAGAAGGACCAAUUUUUUCCUGCAGAUAUCCUUUUCCUCGCUAGUACAAAUUCAGAUGGUAUUUGCUAUAUCGAGACUGCAAAUUUGGAUGGAGAAACAAAUUUGAAGAUCAGAAAGGCAUUGGAAAAGACAUGGGAUUACUUGACUCCUGAAAAAGCCUGUGAAUUCAAAGGUGAAAUUCAAUGUGAGCAUCCAAACAAUUCAUUGUACACUUUCACUGGCAAUCUUAUAAUGCAAAAACAAACGUUACCUCUCAAUCCAAACCAAAUUUUACUGAGAGGAUGUAGUCUCAGGAACACUGAGUACAUCACCGGGGUUGUAAUUUUUGCUGGUCAUGAAACAAAGGUCAUGAUGAACUCCAUGAAUAUUCCCUCCAAAAGAAGUACAUUAGAGCGGAAACUUGACAAACUUAUACUUGCUCUUUUUGGCACUCUCUCUGUUAUGUGUCUGAUUGGAUCUAUAGGAAGUGCUGUAUUCAUAGAUAAAAAGCAGUACUACUUAGGUCUUCAGAAAAUGACUGGAAGUGUGGAGGAUGAUCAAUUCAACCCUGACAACCGUUUUCUGGUCUUUGUGCUGAAUAUGUUUACAUUAAUUACUCUCUACUCCCCAAUUAUCCCCAUUUCCCUGUAUGUUUCCAUUGAGACAAUCAAGUUUUUUCAAUCCACUCAGUUUAUUAACAAGGACUUAAGCAUGUACCAUGCUGAAACCAACACUCCUGCAUUGGCUCGGACUUCCAAUUUGAAUGAAGAACUAGGACAGGUGGAAUACAUAUUUUCUGAUAAAACUGGAACUUUAACAAGAAAUUUAAUGGAGUUCUUUAAGUGUUCAAUUGGAGGAGAAAUGUAUGGAACUGGUAUCACUGAAAUAGAGAGGGGGGUUGCAAUGCAGACUGGCAUAAAAAUUCAGGAGGUGGAAAAGGCAGCCAAUACAGCUCAUGAAAAAGGUUUUAAUUUUGACGAUCCAAGGCUUCUACGGGGUGCUUGGAGGAAUGAACCUAAUCCUGAUAUUUGCAAGGAAUUUUUUAGAUGCCUUGCUAUUUGUCAUACUGUGCUUCCAGAAGGUGAUGAAUCCCCAGAAAAGAUCACUUAUCAAGCUGCCUCCCCUGAUGAGGCUGCAUUGGUUACUGCUGCAAAGAACUUUGGGUUUUUCUUUUACAGGCGUACACCUACUAUGAUUUAUGUUCGUGAAUCUCAUGUGGAGAAGAUGGGUAAAAUGCAAGAUGUGUCAUAUGAGAUUCUUAAUGUGCUCGAAUUUAAUAGUACGAGGAAGCGCCAGUCUGUUGUAUGUCGAUAUCCUGAUGGUAGGCUUGUUUUGUACAGCAAGGGUGCUGAUACUGUCAUUUAUGAGAGACUGGCUGAUGGAAAUGGAGACUUGAAGAAAGUAACCAGGGAACACUUGGAACAAUUUGGAUCUUCCGGGUUGCGAACCCUUUGCCUGGCCUAUAGAGAUUUGAAUCCUGAUAUGUAUGAAAGAUGGAAUGAGAAAUUCAUUCAGGCUAAGUCUUCUCUGCGAGAUCGUGAGCAGAAGUUGGAUGAGGUGGCAGAACUCAUAGAGAAGGAUCUUAUUUUGAUUGGUUGCACUGCUAUAGAAGACAAACUUCAAGAGGGAGUACCAACUUGCAUAGAGACUCUUUCUAGAGCUGGAAUUAAGAUUUGGGUGCUAACAGGAGACAAAUUGGAAACAGCAAUAAAUAUUGCUUAUGCGUGCAACUUAAUUAACAAUGGAAUGAAGCAGUUUAUCAUCAGUUCGGAAACUGAUGCUAUUAGAGAAGUUGAAGAAAAGGGUGACCCAGUGGAGAUUGCACGUGUUUUGAGGGAAGAAGUGAAAAGAGACCUUAAAACCUGCUUUGAGGAAGCACAACAAUAUAUGCAUUCUGUAUCUGGACCAAAAUUAGCUCUUGUUAUUGAUGGAAAGUGCUUGAUGUAUGCACUGGACCCAAGUUUGCGAGUAAUGCUACUCAACUUGAGCUUGAAUUGUAGUUCUGUUGUCUGCUGCCGAGUUUCUCCUUUACAGAAGGCACAGGUGACAAGUCUGGUAAAAAAAGGUGCAAGAAAAAUAACACUUAGUAUUGGUGAUGGUGCCAAUGAUGUUAGCAUGAUUCAAGCUGCUCAUAUUGGCAUAGGAAUAAGUGGGCAAGAAGGAAUGCAAGCAGUGAUGGCUAGUGAUUUUGCAAUUGCCCAGUUUCGCUACCUUACAGAUUUACUUCUUGUGCAUGGUCGUUGGUCAUAUAUUAGAAUAUGCAAGGUUGUGAUGUACUUCUUCUAUAAGAAUCUUACUUUUACUAUGACUCAAUUUUGGUUUACCUUUUACACUGGAUUUUCUGGUCAAAGAUUCUAUGAUGAUUGGUUCCAGUCAUUGUUUAAUGUCAUAUUUACAUCCAUGCCUGUUAUUGCGAUGGGACUUUUCGAGAAGGAUGUCAGUGCAACCCUUUCAAAGAAGUACCCUGAACUAUAUCAGGAAGGAAUAAAAAAUGUCUUUUUCACAUGGAGAGUUGUGGCAGUUUGGGCUUUCUUUUCUGUCUACCAGUCUCUAGUCCUUUAUUACUUUGUGGCCUCUUCCAGUUUUGGUGGUCAAAAUUCAUCAGGCAAAAUAUUUGGUAUUUGGGAUGUCAGCACGAUGGCUUUCACGUGUGUUGUAGUAACUGUCAAUUUGCGUCUUCUUAUGAUGUGCAAUUCAAUCACAAGAUAUCAUUAUAUAACUGUUGGAGGCAGCAUUUUAGCAUGGUUUAUAUUUGUGUUUAUAUACGCGGGUAUUAUGACCCCAUAUGAUCGACAGGAGAAUGUUUAUUUUGUCAUUUAUGUCUUAAUGAGUACAUUCUAUUUCUACUUUACACUUAUUCUUGUUCCAGUAGUUGCGCUUUUCGGUGACUUCAUUUACCAAGGUGUUCAAAGAUGGUUUGCUCCAUAUGAUUAUCAGAUUGUUCAGGAAAUCCACCGGCACGAACCUGAUGAAAGAAGAACAGGGUUGUUGGAGGUUGGUAACCAGCUUACACCUGAAGAGGCAAGAAGCUUUGCAAUAGCUCAACUCCCACGAGAAUUAUCGAAACAUACUGGAUUUGCAUUUGAUUCGCCCGGGUACGAGUCAUUUUUUGCGUCACAGCUAGGUAUAUAUGCACCACAAAAGGCAUGGGAUGUUGCUAGGAGAGCCAGCAUGAGGUCACGGCCUAAAUUACCAAAAAAGAACUAAUAAUCCCAAAUACACUAGUGUACAAAAUUUGACGGUCAUCUUUAGAAAUUUUAU